AAUUUGCUGCUGAUGCCAAGAGUGGCUUCAUUAACGCAGGGCAGAAAAUGUGAUUUGGGUGAAUCAGAGUGUUAGAAGGGGGGUCAAAACGCAGCAGGAGACGGCCAGUGAAAAGAGCCUGGAAAACUUCUGAGUUCUUGCACGCCCAUCCGUGGGGGCUAGCGGGAGACGCUGAAAGCCACUUCCAGCUCCCAGGUCAGCGCGGCCACGGAAAAGACCAGCGCGAUGCUGUGACACACUAGGUCAAGUAUUUCCUGUGCAGCAUGGAGGGCCUGCCCGGCCCAGGGGACAUCCCCGCGGGGCUGCGCCACCCCCGGCCCGGCAAGGUGAACGGGGAGCGGCGCGGACGGAGACACGGGCUGUGGCUGCCCCGGCGGGGCGGAGCGGAGCGGAGCGAAGGAGCCGCGGUACGGCGAGGCAAAGUACAAUGUUUCAAAACGUUGGAGAUUAUCUGGGUGAUGCUAGAGAUUACAUUUAAUAUGAUUGUGUCUUCAGACAUUCUGCUCCUCCAUUUCAUGAGCUAAAAUAUUUUAUAAAAAUGAAAUCGGAUAUCUUCAUUGAUCUUCAAGUUCACCGUGUCCUGUGAAUUCAGAGAAGACUUUCUGAAGGAGGAACAGAUUCAUCACAUACGUGGACUUCUGUUGUUGCUCAAGGAUACACUUUUUUUUUUCGUUGUGAAAAGCUAUCUGCAUGAAGAUGAGUCUUCAUUUGAGAUGUGAUCUGUGUAACUAGGUGAACAAGGAUACUUUUAAUGAAUUAUCCACAUCUAUUUCAACCUGUUUCUCCAGCUUUUGUUUUUUAAUAAAAAAAUGAAGGACAAGUAUAAAACAGAAGAGCUGAUUUGUUUCUGUGAGGCCUUUAUGUAAGCCUCUGUGUCUGGAUGUGGUGCUAAAGGACAGGCAAUCUGCUUUUGAUCAGCUGAUUGUAACUGCAGAAAGAGAACCUUUAAUUUAAAGUAACUUGCAGCUGUAAUUAUUUUACUCUUUGGCUUGCAUCGAAUGAAAGGGAAAUUUAAGUUCUACUGGUCAGGAACAUUUUACUGAACUAAGAAAGGGAAACUUAUAUUAUCCUUGUUUUCAUUUCAAACCAAGAACUGGUAACGUAUUUCACUUAGAAUUUGACUACUAGGGAGAUUUCGGCAGAGUAAAGCAAGUCAGAUGUCAGCAAACGACUCUUCUCCCCCAUCCUUACAGAAGUUUUCCCCACCUACGUGUCAUGCUGCUGCACCACAGACCCCAACUUUGUCUUCAAGUCCCCAGUCGGGGCUCUCCAGUCGACUCUCCAAUGGCAGUUUCAGUACCCAGAGCCUCACCAACUCCCGAGGCUCUAUGCAUGGGAUCUCCUUCCUUCUGCAGAUUGGUCUCACUCGAGAGACUGUCACCAUUGAAGCUCAGGACCUGUCCCUCUCUGCUGUUAAAGACCUCGUGUGCUCAAUAGUUUACCAGAAGUUCCCAGAGUGUGGUUUCUUUGGCAUGUAUGACAAAAUUCUCCUGUUCCGCCACGACCUGAACUCAGAUAAUAUUUUGCAACGAAUUACAUCAGCAGAAGAGAUACAUGAGGGAGAUCUUGUUGAGGUUGUACUCUCUGCUUUGGCUACAGUUGAAGAUUUCCAGAUUCGUCCUCAUGCACUUUAUGUGCAUUCCUACAAGGCUCCUACUUUUUGUGACUACUGCGGAGAGAUGCUUUGGGGUUUGGUACGACAAGGAUUGAAAUGUGAGGGUUGUGGGUUAAACUACCAUAAGCGAUGUGCCUUCAAGAUUCCGAACAACUGCAGUGGAGUGAGGAAGAGGCGCCUAUCUAACGUGUCUUUACCAGGAGCAGGGCUUUCAGUCCCAAGACCAGCACAAGCUGAACACACAUCCUCUGCCUCUGAAGAACGUUGCUGCCCAGAACCUAGUAAGAGGAUUCCUUCUUGGAGUGGCCGCCCCAUCUGGAUGGAUAAGAUGGUGCUUUGCAGAGUGAAGGUCCCACACACCUUUGCUGUUCACUCUUACACUCGUCCCACCAUCUGCCAGUAUUGCAAACGGCUGCUGAAGGGCCUUUUUCGCCAAGGAAUGCAGUGUAAAGAUUGCAGAUUCAACUGUCACAAACGCUGUGCACCUAAAGUACCUCGAGACUGUCUUGGAGAGGUUAUUUUCAAUGGAGAACCUGCUAGUCCAGGCCAGGACUUGGAUAUGCCGAUGGAAGUUGACAGCAGUGAAAUGAACAGUGAUGGUAGUCGAGUUCUAGAUGAUGCUGAAGAGCCCUCUCCUCCAGAGGACAAAAUCUUUUUUAUGGAUCCAUCUGACCUCGAUGCAGACAAAGAUGAGGAAGCUGUCAAAACAAUCAGCCCUUCAACAAGCAAUAAUAUUCCUCUCAUGCGAGUUGUACAGUCAAUCAAACACACAAAGAGGAAGAGCAGUACAAUGGUGAAAGAAGGAUGGAUGGUCCACUAUACUAGUAGAGACAACCUGAGAAAAAGACAUUACUGGAGACUGGACAGCAAAUGCCUCACACUAUUUCAAAAUGAAUCUGGAACAAAAUAUUACAAGGAGAUUCCACUUUCAGAAAUUCUCCAGGUGACUCCGCCUCGAGAUUUUUCACAUGUGGUGCAGGGCAGCAACCCCUACUGUUUUGAGAUCAUCACUGACACCAUGGUGUACUUUGUUGGCGAGAACAAUGGCAGCACUCAUCACAGUCCCGUUCUUGCUGCCUCUGGAGUUGGACUUGACGUAGCUCAGGGCUGGGAGAAAGCCAUCCGCCAGGCCUUGAUGCCAGUCACUCCUCAGCCUAGCGUUUGCACUGCUGCAGGACAAGGAAAAGAUCACAAAGAAUUGUCUCUAAGCAUCUCUGUUUCAAAUUGCCAGGUCCAGGAGAAUGUGGAUAUCAGCUCUGUGUACCAAAUAUUUGCUGAUGAAGUGCUGGGUUCUGGUCAGUUUGGUAUUGUAUAUGGAGGAAAACAUAGGAAGACUGGAAGAGAUGUGGCUAUCAAAGUCAUUGACAAGAUGAGGUUUCCAACUAAACAGGAAAGUCAGCUUCGUAAUGAAGUAGCCAUUCUCCAGAAUUUGCACCACCCUGGGAUUGUGAACCUGGAAUGUAUGUUUGAAACCCCAGAACGAGUCUUUGUUGUGAUGGAAAAGCUUCAUGGAGAUAUGCUAGAGAUGAUUCUUUCUAGUGAGAAAAGUCGACUUCCAGAAAGAAUAACUAAGUUCAUGGUCACACAGAUACUUGUUGCUUUGAGGAAUUUACACUUCAAGAAUAUCGUGCACUGUGAUUUAAAACCAGAAAAUGUACUACUAGCAUCAGCAGAACCAUUCCCUCAAGUGAAGCUGUGUGAUUUUGGCUUUGCACGCAUCAUUGGUGAGAAGUCUUUCCGGCGCUCUGUGGUGGGCACUCCUGCGUACCUCGCCCCCGAGGUGCUCAGGAGCAAAGGCUACAACCGCUCCCUGGACAUGUGGUCAGUAGGAGUCAUCGUCUAUGUGAGCCUCAGUGGCACAUUCCCAUUUAAUGAAGAUGAGGAUAUCAAUGAUCAGAUUCAAAAUGCAGCAUUUAUGUACCCACCAAAUCCUUGGAAGGAAAUUUCUAGUGAAGCCAUUGAUUUAAUAAACAAUUUGCUUCAAGUGAAGAUGAGAAAACGUUUCAGUGUUGACAAAUCCCUUAGUCACCCAUGGUUACAGGAUUAUCAGACUUGGCUUGACCUCAGAGAAUUUGAAACACGCAUUGGAGAGCGUUACAUUACCCAUGAGAGCGAUGAUGCACGCUGGAAAGAACACGCUUACGAGCACAACCUCGAGUACCCCCAGCACUUCAUUAUGGCUCCCAAUCCAGAUGACAUGGAAGAAGACCCUUGAUUUGUUUGUUACGCUAAAUUGCAGCAAAGAAGGAUACUCCAGGCAGAAACUGAAAGAAGUGGAAUAGCUAUUGCUCUUUCCAAAUGCUGUACACAUUAGUUUGGUGUGUAAAGCCCCAGAGAUCUUGCAUUGCCAUGGGAAUAGACUGUUGUCCACAAACUUUUCUCCAUCCCUGACUUUAACUCUGAGUAGUUACUGGACAGUGGGAUACAAAGCCCUGUUGGGUAACAUUUCACCGAGCUGGGUGGCUACAAAGCCAUUACUGAGGUGUAGUGUGUACAGACUGAAUGGGUUGCGUUUUUCAAGGGUUUUUGUUUUUUUCAUAGCCUACGCAGUAAAAGUUUUGUAAUAGUUUUCUAAUCCCUAUGUACUAGUCAUCGAGGACUGUUUUCUGUUACUUAGAUACAUCUCCUGUUUCUCAAACUGUGGAUGGUGAAGAGACCCUAUAAAGAAAUCAGUACAGAAUACCCUGGCUAAAGCAAAACAUGGUGGUUUAGUUGAAUACAGCUUCAUAGAUGAAGGAAUAAUUUGCUGCUGUUUAGACAGUUAAAUAUGUGUGUCUUGGCCCUAACUUUUUACAGAAAGCAACAAAAAAAAAAAAAAAAAAAGGAAAACCCCA